AUGUCCAACCUGAAUGACAUCCCAGCCUGGAGUUUGGAUAACUGUAAGGCUAGGCAGAGGGUCGUGCGGAGGAGGAUUACCAGCCUACACACUCGAAUCAAUGCCAUCGUGACGGGUGGAUUGUCCCGAUGAGAUGCAGAGAGACAUCUAGCUGACGCACGAACCUUCCUUGGGGAACUAGAGGCCAUCCAUGAUAGGAUCAUCGAGUUUUUGGACGAAGACGAUGACGCAGCUGUGCAUACUCAGACCACGCAACAUCUUACUUAUGCUGCUACCGUGGACUCUGCCUCGUCUUUGGUCGAGAACUAUUUGACCCUACGCCUAGGUGACCCUGCCUCAGUAAUUGUCGAGACGCCCGAAGAGAUUACAAGACGACAAGCCCUGCAGGCAGCUGAACAGCGACUCCGAGACGCACGAGUGGAGUUGGAGGAGGCAGAGAAGGCUUACGUCGAUUUAGGAGGUCAGAUCACACCUCAAGAUGGAUCAGAGAUCGGACCCUCGGAUUCAGCCUCACAGAUCGGUGCUCGUCCAAUUCACAAGUUUGAGCACUAUCCGAUUGGCCCUGCCCUUCCCGCUGAUGCAUGGAUUGAGACGUAUCUGGCUGGUCAAGAGAAGCCCUUCGUUCGAGAGGAAGGCGAUCGGUCUUCCGUGACGGUCCAGUUGGAAGUCUUUUCUGGCCGGGCACUCGACUGGUUUAGCUGGAUCGGCAUGUUCUAUGCCCUAGUUCAUAUUGCACGCAAGACAGCAAGUGAAAAGCUGGCCAUUCUCAAGAAUUAUCUGAAGGGAGACCUAGCAGACAUCGUACACGGCCACGGAGGUGGAGAACAGGGAUACAAGGAGGCGCUUCAGCGUCUCAAGAGCACGUGCGGUAACCGUACGGUCAUUCGUGCAGCUCAUUUGCAGGCGCUUGACAGAAUGGAGGCUCCCCGAAACGAUCCGCAAUCUUUCAAACGAUUCGCCGAACGAGUUCGGACCCAUCUUUUCAAUCUCGCCACUAUAGGAGAAUCAGGCCACGUAGACAUUAUUGAGAGGUUGACACUGAAGCUGCAACUUACCGACCGCUUAGCCUGGAACGACAAGCGAGGGUUAGAGCUCGAUCAACGUACGAUCAACGAUUUUUGGCGUUGGCUUACGACACUGGCGGUGUCAUAUCAGAACGCAUAUGCCAUCACCGAUGAACAACAUCAUCCAGCCUCCAAGAGUGGCCAACACUGGCCACAAGGACAGCAGCGGUCACAACACAGGAGAAACGCCAGGACUCAUCAUGGAAUGUCCAGCGUGCGUGGACAGACGGAUCAUGGUUCGACUGAACUAAAGGAGAGGAGGCCGGCGGAUGCUCCACAGUGCUUCAAAUGCGAGGGAGCCCAUCGACUAGAAGAAUGCCAGUUCUUCAGGGAUCUACCGGUUAGUGACCGGAUGACUUUCGUACAGCGGCGUGGAUUAUGCUACGGAUGUUUCGGAAUCCGGCACGGAGAAAUGCACUGUACCUUUAAGAAGACCUGCGGGGUGGAGGGGUGUAGAUUGAAUCACCAUCGUCUCUUACAUAGGAACCAGGGGCAUUCAGAUCGGACAGUUCGGCCCCACACUCUACGCUCUACGCCACGACAGAUCGGCUUAAAGAUUAUUCGGUUGGAUGCUCUCGACGCGGAAGGAGAGAGGGUGCCCGUCAAUGUUAUGAUGGACGACGGAAGCGACGCCACCUUGUUCCGUGAAGGAUUAAAACAUCGCCUGCAACUCAAAGGAAAACGACAGACCCUACUGGUAGAAGGAGCGGCGGAGGGAUCGUCACGUCACGAAGAUUCGGAGUUUCUUGCUCUUUGUUUGGUGACAGCCUCCGGCGAGGAGUUUUCGAUUGAAGGAUCCACGGUCCGCUCCAUUACCAGACCGGUACCCGUGAUCCGGUGGGACGAACUGAAACGACGUUGGAGCCACUUGACAGACGUCCCUGCUCAGCGAGACUGCGGUGGUCGAGUCGACAUUCUACUGGGGUUGAACUAUGCGCCCCUCAUUACUCCGAGUGAAUCUCGGAUUGGGGGAGCUGAUGAGCCCGUCAUAUCAAAGACCCGUCUUGGUUGGACCCUGCAGGGUGUAAUAGGCUUAGACGGAGAAUGGAACGCGACCCGUAUUCAUCGCGUAUGCGCGUCUACUGACAUCACCGCGCAGUUAGUUGCCCAAUUGAAACGAUCUUGUGACACUGAAUCUUUCGGAACUGAAUUCCGAGGCGAUGGGAUGUCAACCGUAAACCGGAAGGCUGUGGAGAAAUUGGAAACCGAGACGGUACGACUGGAGAAGGGAUAUGCUGCUCCGGUAUUUUGGUUGAACGGCACGCCCCUUAACAUCCCCGAUAGCCGUCGCAUGGCGGAAAACCGGCUGCAGAGCCUAUGCAACAAGUUCAAGAGGAUUCCUGGAUAUGAACAGCAUUAUCGGGCAGCCAUGAACAAGAAUUUUACGGAAGGAUAUGCCCGCCGCCUUUCGGCCAGUGAAGUCCAACAGCAGCCAACCAAGUAUUUUCUACCCCAUUUUGGAGUCCCGAAGGUGAUUGUCCAACCCGAGCUGAGACUAGUGUUUGACGCGGCCGCCAAGUCAGGUGGCAAAUGCCUGAACGAUUUCAUCACGAGCGGUCCAGCACUUCAAAAUCCGUUGGCAGAAGUGUUGGUGCGGUUCCGAGAAGGAGCCAUUGGAUGGUCGGCCGAUAUUAGCGCGAUGUUUAGCCGGAUUCGGCUAACAGAUGUGGACCGACCCUAUCAUCGAUUCCUAUGGCCCGAAGAGGACGGGAGGGUGACUAUCUGCGAGAGGACGCGGGUUACGUUUGGCGUUUCCUGCUCUCCCUACGUGGCCAUUCGCACCACCUGGCGCGUGGCAGACGAUGCUGGAUCGGAGAUGAAGGAGGCCGCGCACGCGGUCAGAAACAACAUGUAUGUCGAUGAUUACCUGGACUCUGCUGGGAGUCUGGACGAGGCCAUCCGGAGGGCAACUGCAGUGCAGAAGGUGUUGCCGGGAGGCGACUUCCACCUCAGCCACUGGGUGUCAAACAGCGCUCAAUUACUCAACAAGGUCCAGCCCCGUGGCGAUGCAGAUACGAUGGUCGAGUCAACCACUAUCCAGUUAGGAGCAGACGACCCAGAGAUGGUUUUAGGAAUCGUGUGGAGGCCGGGCAAGGACACUCUCGGUUUUCAAGUGAAGCUGGACGAUAUCGUUUACACUAGAGUAGGCCUUUUGGCCAAAGUCGCCGGCAUUUUCGACCCGUUAGGCACCGCCUCGCCAUUGACCGUGAAGGCGAAGAUUAAGUUGCGGGAGCUCGGUGUAAGGGGGCUCCACUGGGACGAGCCGGUCACCGAGGAGGACCGACAAUGGUGGGAGCAAUAUUUCCGGAGGAUUGAUGGCCUUAGGGAGGUGGAGUUUCCGCGCUGA